AGGGAGAAGAUAAAUGUGGCUUAUUUCGUCGCGUACACAGAAAGCCUUAAUGUCUCAUAAUUUCGUCGGGUUAUUUAUCGUGUGAAGUUGGGUGCCCCCCCACUCGGUUUUCCUUCUGCUGUUAGCUUUAGUUAUUGAUCGUUGCCGAUCCGAAUUGGAGGCAGAGACUCAUUGAUUUUGAUGCGUAGUUCGGAAGGUUCACUAAUUUAAUUUUCUAGAGUAAAGUUGUGUCUGCUCGGGGGAGACAAGUUAGUUUGCUGAGCCGCAUGAUAAGACAUGCUUGUUAUCUGUAUCGUAAAUCAUUCUAUAUCCGAAAGUAGUAUAGUGCAUGGCGGGAGGCUCUGACGAGCAGGAGAGGCUUACUUAGAUUUUUUCCGGCUCUUAAUCCAGAUACGACCGCUGUGAUAGCUGCGAAGCUCGGAAAAAAAUGUCGGGAAUGAGCAAGGACGAGGGUUCGUCUGACAGCCUCCCUCCGCCUCCGCACCACCGCGAUGAAAGCGCCAAUACUACACCGCCGCGAAUUACAGGAGCAGCAGCUCCUGCAUUCUCCUCACCCGGCGCGACGAGCCCGCAGCGGAGAGUACAAGUGCACGCGUUUGUGAAUUCGCAGAGCGGCGCGUUUGCCAAGGGAGAGCGAAUUCUGAAUGACUUGCGGGCCCUGCUGGCGGAGUCCCUUACUCCCGUGCCCAGCAGUGCGGACCUGUGCACCGCCGCCGCGGGAGGAUCUUCUUCGUGUGGGACAACGUGUUCCGCGGACGAAAUAGAACUCGUAGACAGAACUCCAGAUAAUUCUAGACGUGAGGUGGAAACACCACCUCCUGUACUAGAUCAAGAGAAAGGACAGAGCGGGAUUACUGGCAAGAAGGCCGUGGUGGUUCCAGCGGUGCCUGCUUUUUUGGAACAGCAAGCACGAGCCAGCGGUUCGUCUGUGUCGCCUGACAAAGCUUGCGAUAGUUUUGCCACUGACCAGCACCAAGUACCACGAGAUGUAGAGACAGAACAAACCGGUACAACAACACCAUCCCCUGCAAAGAACAUCAAGAAGCAGUCGAAGCGUUCCGAGCGACGGGCGCGGCUGCGCAGAGAAAGCCGGAGUUUGUUGGGCAGCCGGGUGUGCGACCUGUCGCAGGAAGACGCGGGGGAGUUUAUCCGGGCGCACGUGCGGGCCGGCGACAUUCUGCUCGUCUGCGGCGGCGAUGGCACGCAGAACUGGGUGGCUUCGGCCAUGAUAGCGCUCGGGGAUGAGGCGCCGAAGAAUGUCCGGCUGGUCCCGGUCCCGCUGGGCACCGGGAAUGAUUUCUCCCGGUCUUUGGGGUGGGGCGAGUCCACCCGCUCGUCCGACCUGCAGGAGCGCGUUAUCGCCGCGCAGAAUUCGGUGCAACGAAAUCUAGACAUGUGGAAGGUAAUCAUCAUCCCGCGGAGCGCAGAGGAGGUUGGGGCUGUUGCUGCGUCGGCAAGAAUAAAUCAUGACGGAGCUGCUCCUGGUGAUUUGCGUGCUACAACUUGUUCCGAGGAUCUUUCAUCUUCGGCGGACAGAACGAGCAAAACAUCCUCCUUGUCUUGCAAAAUGCGAGCAAAAGCGAAAGGUUUUUUCCAGAACAGUUUACUAUCUGCAGGGGAUAAUGGAACAACAGUGACUAGUGGUUCCUCCUCUACUUCAACUUCUAUCGGGGAUGAACAUCAAAAUGGCACCACUGGAGAUCAUAGUACUUCAUCUACUUCUUUAACACCAUCCCCUCCCUGGUUCGAGGACGAAUCCCGGCUAGACGCUCUGCAGCGGCUCUCGCUGGGGAGCCGAGCAGACAGAAGCAAUUUUGCGAGGAACAGUGCGUUAAAGCUGCUACACCAGCACGGUAUGCUUUCAGACGAGGAGUUGCGUUUCGAGACCGGCGAAUUUCAACAUCUGGAAGGGGAGAGAAUAAAUGCGGAGGACGCAUCAACAGACAUGACUGGGGCGGAUAGUGGCAAGAGAAAUACGUCAAAUUAUAAAGGUCGACCGGUUUUUGUCGGGCAUUGGAUGAACUACGUGAACUUUGUAUCCUGAGUAAAAACGUACCCACACCAGAGUUGUAAUGCAAAUCUGCAUGCUGAAAAUGUUUCUCAUGCGGAGCUCCAUGAGAAGCAUUUUCUAGUCGUGUUUUGCAAUUUGUCAUGCUCCAAUCAGCAUGGUAUGCUAGAUCUGUGAUGCUGCUGAGCUAGCUGAAACAGCACUAUACUACGAAUCCAAAUUUGUCAUGCAAAACAGCCAAAACUUGUGGAUUUGUCUAGCCGAUUCCCCAUCUUGACUCUGGUGUGGGUACGUUUUUGCUCAGGAUACUUUGGUUGUGGUGCCCGCAUUGUGUGGUCCGUCGGAAAGCUGCGGGACAAGCAAGGCGGUUGCGGGCGGCGACUGUACUCCCGCGGGUUCGGACACAUGGUCUUUAUGGGUGUCGGCGCGGUCGAGCUGUUCACGCCGCCGGGCGAGAAGUUUGUGGAUAAAAACUCGAAGAAUAAAGCACUGAAGAUGCAGUGUUGCGACCUAGCCACGGGCGCAGACGGCCAGUUUCGCCAAAAAGUACAGCCCGUGGGAGGUGGACGAGAUGGUGAAAGGGGAGGACCACGUGGUCGAGAGAGGUCACGAACCACUGUGGAGAUGAACGAAGAGGAGGAUAGAAUAAAGCAGGAGAACGAUCCGAAAACAUCAACAACAAACGCCGAUGGCGAUGACAUUAGACACAGUCCCGCAGAGGAAGGUCAACAGCAACACUCCUCUUUCCCAACGGCCGAAGAAAUUCAGGUAGAUCAGGGUGUUUACUCCUCUUCUUGCAGUACGGCUGAUCCGUCCUCUUCCGCCGUGUCCUCCGCUGAUGAUACAUCGGAAAUCGUUGUGCAGCAGAAUCAUCUUGUUCAAAGUGGUACAACCGCUCCGGAGGAACGGACCACACGAAGAACUUCCACAGUCACCACAGCAUCAAGCAAAACUGGUCUGUUUGGCGUCUCAGCAGGCGAGCUGGAAAAGAGACUAGCUGCAUCCACGACCCGCCCCGAUCAGGCUGUUAGUAGUGAUCCUCGAGAGCAUGAGCAGGACCACGACCGAUCAGGCCUUCAAUCAGAGGAAAAAACGUCAACAUCCUGCUCUCCGAUGUCGAAAACAAGUAGGACCUCCACAAGGCAGCGCGGGGAGGUGCUGGACCGGAGUAGCAACUACAAGACCACCACGUGCUUCCCCUCGUCCAGUUCCUGUUUUACUGGCGCGCAGCAAGCUGUCUCCGGAGUUGUGAAAAGCAGCAGGAGCAGGAGCACAAAAAUGAGAGAUAGUAGUUCCCCAUUCCCUAGCAAAAUGAAGCUCGCCCAGCAGGGGGACGAGCAGCAUUUAGCAUCCGGAGAUGAUCAACAUGAGCAACUACACGAUGGUAAUCCGACCUUGUGCCUGCUGGACGCGCUGCAACGAAACAGCUCGCGCAAUCUCACCCUGCUAAACAUCCGAAGCAUCAUGGGCGGGCGGGCCAAAUUGCGGCUGCGAGACCAACAUUCCAGGCGGAGCCCAGACGACGGUCGGUUCGAAGUGCUGUACAUGCAACACGCGGCGCACAUCAUCGCCAUCGGGGGCGGGCUAACGAAUUGGAACGUCGACAACCAGGGAUCCGCGUGCCGUCUGCGAUUUGCGGGUCCGGAGCAUCUGGACCUCGACGGCGAGGGGUUCGCGGUGAACGGCCCUUUUGACGUCCUGGUGGUCAAAGCGGACCACUCGCUCACGGUUGGCGUGAAUCCGGAGCAGAAGGAUCCGGGAGCGGUUGACUUCUGGGACUUGGCGAGCGACGACCAGGUCGAAGGACAGUAAGUAAGAAGUAUGUAGAUGCUUCGAGCGUCUCAAUCUGAAAUUUGUAAAGCGAUAGUUAGAAGAAGAAGUACUACCCCGUCACUUUCACUUGAUUUUACAAUUGUUUACAACCUACGUACAAAAGCGAAAUUAGAAAAUACUUUUUAAGAUCAUUGUUUCUUUUCGGAAUUCUUGUACCUAUUUGUUUCGAUGUUUCAUAGCAGUAGCAUUCAAAAAUCACCUCCCCGGCGGGAGAUUGGUGACCAACUGCCUUUCGGCUGCAGCUGUAGCUGUUUUCAGGUCCGCGUUGUCAUUGCAUGUAUUCUUGUAGACAUAAUUUCAUUUUUGUACCUACUACACCUAGAACCAUGAUGAAUUAGGUUCAGAAAUUUGCAAGACUAUUUUCGGAUAAUUUUCAUUUGCAUGUUUCGCAACGUUGGCUUGGUGAGUCGCAAAAUUUCCCGGGAUUAGUCGAGUCGGAUCUUGAACUCUCUUCUCAAUAUAUAUCAAGGUUUUGGAAAAAAAAGGAUUAGUAGCGGCGGAGUCGGAUGAAGGACAUCCAAU